AUGACGCGCGCGAGUCGCCCAGGUCCUUCCGGCCCUGAGUUGCUGGCACUCCAGCACACCGCAACAGAGGAGGAGGUGCAGCAGGCGCUUCUUCCAUUUGCAGCCCAGUGGCGAACGAAUCCAAGGCAUGGCACAGCUGUCCUGAGUCAACUUGCGCGGCAACGCGAAGCACAGCGAGCAUGGCAGGUGCUAAAGGCAAUGGAGCAGAUACACCUGGAGCUGAACGUUUUCCACUGUAGCGCUGUGGUCUCUGCCUUUGAGAAGGUGAGCCAGUGGCAAGCUGCUUUGGGCAUGUUGCACAGCAUGGCAGGGAGGAUUUUGCCGAACAGUUUUACAUACAAUUCUGCCAUCAGCGCAUGUGAAAAGUGUGCUGAAUGGGAGCAUGCAUUAAGCCUUCUUCAAUUGAUGGUGCGGCAGGACUUGUGCGACGUGAUUAGCUACAACUCCUCGAUCAGCGCAUGUGAGAAGGCGGCGCGUUGGGUAGAAUCGCUGCUUUUAUUCCAAGACAUGGCCAAGAUGGCGUUGGUUCCUGACGUAAUUAGCUUCAAUGCUGCAAUGAGCUCUUGUGAGAAAGGUGGACGCUGGCAAGAGGCACUGCUGCUGUGGAGUCAGAUGCCUUCUGGGAUGGCCAAUGUUCGAACCUUCAAUGCUGCCAUCAGUGCUUGUGCCACAAGUGCUCAGCCAGAUGUGUCCUUCCUUCUCCUGCAGCAGAUGUCAGCGAUGGUGUUGACACCUGACGUGAUAUCCUACAGUGCAGCAGUGCAUGCCUGCGAAAAGGGCUGGCGUUGGAAAGAUGCAUUGCAUUUGUUGAACAUCAUGGUCUCUAGAUCGACGGCCCCAAAUCUCAUCACCCUGAACUCAGCGAUCGCUGCUUGUGACAAGGCUGGUGAAUGGCAACAGGCAUUGAGAUUGUUGAAAGACCUCCCUGCUUGGGCGCUGCAAGCAGAUCUCAUCAGCUUCAACAGUGCCAUCAGCGCUUGCAGCACAGGAAGUGCUUGGUCGGUGGCGCUCAGUCUUUUGGAAGGAUGUGCAAGAUGUGGCAAAGUGCACAAUGCCAUCACUUUCAACUCGGCCAUGACUGCAUGCCAGAGAAGUGCCAUGACCACUGUGACACUGCACCUCUCCAAGUGGAUGAAAAAGGCAUCCAUCGAGCCGAACAGGGUCACCUGGGCGGUGCUGGCAGAGGCUUUGGCCUCUGACGGCGGCUGGGCAGAGGCCUACAUCUAUGCCUUGGACCAUUGGCGCGUGCUGCGCGUGGUCCCGGCCUCCACCUUCGCUUCCAUGCAGAUCGACUGGUGGUGCCAGGUCCUGCUUGCUCCUUGCUGCGGUUUACUAGCCGCCUGCCUUAUCUUCAAGGGCAACUGCCACCUCGGCUUUUGUCUCAGUCACCAGCACCUUUUGCUGGCCUGCUUGGCAGCAUGGCUGCUGCACAUCGUCUUGCACCUCCUUCUGCUGAUCUUCGUGGUGCCUUUGGGCGACAGUGAGGCUGGCCACCGGAUUCACGUGCGGAUCGAGACGGAGGCAAAGAGCUUGGCGCCUCAUCUUCGGCAGUAUCAGCAGGUGGCAGCGAUGGAGCCGUGCAGCUGGUUUUCGGCCAAUCCGAUUCAUUGUCUCCGCUCCAAACACGUCCACCGUCAUGGAGUCCCUUGCAGCUUUUUCACGCCUGGGCAGGAGAGCACCAUGGAGGUCAACGAGUCCAUCGGCUGCUACUUUUCCUCUAAGAACAUCAAGGUGGAAGACGCCUCCGACUUUGAAAUCCGACUUCCGCAUGUACCAGGUCGUUGGGACUUUGCUUUCCCCUCCGCGUUGACCUCACUCACAUUCUUCCAGAGUGUGAAGGCCGACCAUGGCACAUGA